CCGAAUAGUGUUGUAGUGAAUUAGGUUCCAUUGAGGGCAUUUUGUGUGUUAAUAUGGCAGGUCUACACUGAAAGUCAUGCCUUAAUUGCCAACCUAACUGUACUAAAAGAGAAGAAAUGCGUCGAUAAGUUCAUUCGCAAGGAUUAGUUUUGACAAUUUAGCUGAAGAAACGGUCUUUUAUAUCACGCUUAUACUACCAUUGUUAUUAGUUAUAUUUGUUUCCGACCUGAGUCAAGGUGUCGAUUUUUCUUUUGUUUAAAAGCCUUUGUUUCGCUAACUGAUCGUACCUUGAAUGGGGUCCAUGGCCUGUAUGAACUCUCCUAAAUUUUGUUGUCAAAUUUAAUCAAGCUUUGAUUGAUCUUUUGGAGGCUUUACUUUGGCAAAUAUUUUCCCAGCUAAGCUCUGUGUACAAACUGAAUUUUGAAGAAGAACGUUAAAUGUCAGUUGCGAAUAUCUAAACUUCAGAUGCGAGGUGCCCUAGCGAACGCUGUGUUUAGUGCUGGCGACCUAAAUACUCACUUUUGAUCAUAGCAAAGUUCUCGAUUAUACACAUGAAAGAAUAGAUAGCGACUAUAUUUAUGGCAGCGGGUGAACCCAAUUUCUUGAACCCUGCACUAUUAUUGAUGAUAACUGCGGAAUAAUUGUGUCUUCAUAUUAUAAAGCAUUGAGCAGUACCUCAAUUUGAUUAUGUCUUGUUCCGUUUUUCAGUGUUUUGGUUCCAAUUCUAAAGGUCAAAAGACAAAACUUCCAUACUGGGAUGGAGACGAACCAUCUUCGCCGUUUUCUACUUUGACGAAGAAAAAUCAAUUAAAUGAACAGAGUUAUCCCGGAGAAAUCACGCGAAAAUUAUCCUUCAACGAAAAUAGCAACAGUUCUAUUAAUCAACGCAGCAGAUCUAGCUCGGUGUCAUCCCAAAAGAACAAAAAGACCAAAUCCCAAUUAGAAUUAAAUAGCAAAGAGCCCUCGGAGCAAAUGUCGGCAGCAUUAACGUCAUCUUUGAACUACAAUGGUUCUCACCAGAAUUCACGUCAGAUGUUCCAGGGAUCCCCAGAUAUGAACGGGAUGUCAUCGGCAGAACAGCGAAUGACUGCUUCAGGAGGGUUUACUUUUACCCCAAACACAGGUGGAAACUCAAGAAUCCAGAACCCAGUACCUGUGCAAGAGCCUACGUAUGUUGUGGCGAAGUUCAACUACGCGGCAACGGAAUCGGCUGAAUUGUCUAUAAAGAAAGGAGAAAAAUUGGUAGUGAUGGACUCAACGGGUGAUUGGUGGCGAGUCCAAAAUGGUGCUAACAAAAUCGGUAAAGUGCCGUCAAACCACGUCGAAAUUAUUGCCUCAGAAGAAUCUUCAAAAUUUGGCGGGUCUUCGAGGGGUUCCAAAAAAUCCUCAAGCUUUUUCAAGAAGAUUCUCGGCAAAGACAAAAGCAAAAAGAACAAUUCAAAUUCAAAUAUUUCCAAAACUCCCCAAGGAGGUAACCAGCCCGGACUUAGUUCAAACGGAGCCAUGAGUUUCAAUUAUUUACAACCCAUUGGAGGAAGUGGAUCGAAUGGUUAUAACAGAGACGAAAACGGAACUUUCAAUGGGUAUACAAUGAGUCAAAAUCCAGUUUCAUUUGGAGCAUCGCCGCUAGCUGCCAGUAAACUGGAUUCCCCAUUAGGCAGCAGUGGAUUGUCACCCUCAGCAUUAAGUUCGAAUCCAGAAACCGCUAUUGCUAUUUACAACUACCAAGCUGUUCAAGCGGAUGAACUGAAUUUAUCGAAAGGCGACCAAGUUACAGUUCUUCAGAAGUCCACCGAUGGUUGGUGGCAGGUGUUCUGUAACGGGAAAACAGGCUGGAUUCCGUCUAAUUAUUUGAAUGUAAACACCACCGCUGCAGCAUUAAAUGCAUCAGCAUCACCUCAAUCCAAUCAAGCCAGUUCCUCGCAGCCCUUUGACUCUAAUUUGAAUUCGAGCUCGAAUCAUGAACAUAACCAGUCAACGUCUAAUCUGGGUGGUGGAAGAGACAACACUGGAAGUCUAGGCAAACCCGCCGGAGACUCGAAGGUAGAUAGUGCAUUCCUGUUUGGUGUCGUUGCGUUGUACAGAUUCCAGGCGCAAGAUUUGAACGAAUUGACGUUUGAACAAGAUGAAAGGCUUGACGUAAUCGGAGAGCCGACGAGUGAUCAAGAUUGGUGGCAAGCGCGGAACAGCCAAGGAUUGAUGGGUCUCAUUCCGAAGAAGUUUGUCAAACAGGUCGCGGAUUCGAAACCGAUCUUCAGGCGUCCGAACUCAGGUGGAUCAGCGGCCGCAGUCGCGAACUCAGCAAUGAUGCGGAGUAAUAAUUCGGGUAUGGCAGGUGCACGAUCACCUGUAGCGGCUAAUGCAUCGAACAGUAUUGUAAAUUCGAUCAAACAGGAGAGCAUGAAGGGAGCUGGAGGUCCGUAUAAGGACAGAGAUUGGUACUAUGGGAGGAUAACGAGGAAUGAUUGUGAGAAACUGUUCGAGGAAGUGGGAGAUUAUGGAGAUUUCAUUGUGCGAGAGAGUGAAUCUUGUCCUGGCGAUUAUUCUAUUUCGCUGAAAGCGCAGCCGAAGAACCGCCACUUCCACGUGCAGCUGCAGCCCAUGGACAACAUGCUGCUCAUAGGGAGCAAAACUUUCGAGAACCUCGACCAGAUCAUAGAACACUACCACAUCUCCCCCAUUUACACAGACGGCUCUGGCACCAGACUAUUUCUACAGAAACCUCUUAUUGUUUGAUGCAGCUGCGAAUGAGAGAAACAAUAAGUAAAAGAGAAGAGAUUAUUUCUUAUGUGAAUUUAACACUUUAAAAAUCUGGAAUCCUAUUCUAUUCGAAUUUUAUAUAUAAACUUCUAGACAUCUAGCUAACCAACCGCCGACAAGAACCCCUUCGAAGUGGCAGUUCCUCCUAACAAGUUCAAGUUCAACACCAGCCGUUCACCGUUCAACCCUAAUCUUUAAGGUAGCUGAUUGUUGGAGCGAAAUUGUGAAGAAACAAAUCAGUCUUCAGAUUGGAAGCAGACGAAACGUCGCACAAACAAACAAUUCAGCAUGUAUCAGCCGUUCAGAACAUACAUUGUCGCAAUCAAAGCAGAAUAUUUCUAUUUUUGUGUGUUAAUUACUCUAUUUGUCAAUAUAUGUCGGAAUGCAGUCAGAAUCAAUGCACCGCUUGUGACCUCUUACGUAAUCUUCUGUUAUGUGAGAAUGUAAUUCCUUUGCUGACUUUACUACCUUUUUAUUUAUUUUUUUCCUUUCAAAAAGACUAUUUUUCUACCUUUAAAGAGCAAAUGGUUAUGAUGACAAUGUUUCAGUACAAGUAGUUUUAAAUGCAA